AUGUAUGAAUCCAAUUUCUCUGAAGUUUCUGAAUUUAUAUUGCUGGGACUUUCUAACUACAGACCAGUGCAGCAUUUCCUCCUUGCCUUCUCUACAGUGUUUUAUCUCCUGAUUAUUCUGGAAAACACCCUUGUUGUGUUUACUGUGACCUUUGACCCUCAUUUAUAUUCUCCUAUGUACUUUCUUUUAGCUAACCUUUCAUUUACUGAUUUAUGUUUUUCCACCUUGGCAGUUUCUAAAAUGAUUCAUGACCUAUAUUCUGGGGAUAAAACCAUAUCAUUCCAAGGGUGUGUCACCCAGAUUUUUGUCCUUCAUGUCCUGGGUGGAUCUGAGAUGGUGCUCCUGGUAGCUAUGGCCUUGGACAGAUAUGUGGCCAUCUGCAAGCCCCUCCACUACCUGACCAUCAUGAGCCCACGGAUGUGCAGUUUGCUUCUGUCUGGUGCUUGGCUUAUUGGUAUCAUUCACUCAGUGAUUCAGGUAGCUUUUGUUGUCCAUUUGCCUUUCUGUGGUUCUAAUGAGAUAGAUAGCUUUUACUGUGAUCUUCCCUGGUUUAUCAAACUGGCCUGCAUAGAUACCUAUAGAAUGGAGUUCUUGGUGACUGCCAACAGUGGGUUCAUUUCCACAGGCACCUUCUUCUUAUUGAUUAUCUCCUAUAACCUCAUCCUGUUCACUGUAUGGAAACGCAGUUCAGGUGGUUUGUCCAAGGCUCUCUCCACCCUUUCAGCUCACAUCUCUGUGGUGGUUUUGUUUUUUGGACCAUGCAUCUUUGUUUAUWUGUGGCCAUUUCCCACGGUGCCAGUGGAUAAGUUUCUUGCCAUUGUGGACUUUCUGAUCACACCCAUCCUGAAUCCUGCCAUUUACACAAUGAGGAAYAAAGACAUGAAGAUGGCAAUGAGGAAACUGAUUAGUCAGCUCUUGGGAUAUACAAAGAACUUAAAAAACCUUAACACCCAAAACACCCAAACAAUAAAUAGGCAAAGGAAUUAA